AUGCGUACCAACGCCCUGAUCGCUCCUACGGAGGCGGAUGCGGCAUCCUCGAGCGCACUGGACUACCUCGUCGUUUUCUCGGAAACGUGGCAGUCUCCGACGCAGUCGGAGGCAACGCUUAGAGGAUUAUUCGAGGACGCGACGACCAGUGCGGCUGCAGCUUACGUGCAGGCUCCGAUGUAUUGCGCCUUCUCCAAGGAAAAUUCGUCCGCUUGCGACAAGGUCGAGCAGCUUGACGGCUACAGCGGGAACGACAUUCUCUACGAACGCGAUGAGUACUGGAACAAGGCCGCUAAGAUCCCGGACCAAGCCAGCGUGUUGCUAAUGGGCAGCGAACUGGACCCAGUGACGCCCAGCAAGUACGCGGAGGCCUUGCUCGGGGCCCUUGACGGCGACAAGAAGGAGCUCGUUACGUUCAAGUACACUGCGGGCGGCAACCUUCUUGACAGCAACACGGCCGAUACUUUGUGCGGGCUGUCGCUCUUGACCUCUUUCGCUCAGGGCGCCGGUGACUUGAGCAAGCUGAACAAGACUUGCGUCGAGGGGGCUUUAAACUGGACAGUGCCCCACGAUUACCAGUACAGUUUUAUGAGCACGGACGACGUGUACGACGGUGAAUUGGAUGAAAACUUGGUCAAGUAG